AUGAUGCAAAAACCUUCUAUUCCACCCUACAAAUUGUCACCCGAAAUACAAGAAAGAAUACAACAGCUACAACAACAAGCACAACAAGAAAGUGGACAACGUCGUCGUACAGCGGUGCUGCCAAAACGCACUUGGAUUCAACGCAAUCCACGUCUUUUCCAAAUAACCUUUAUCACCACAUCUUUGUUGGUACUUUUCUCGCGGCCUUUGUACGACGCCUUCAUUGCGGAUCCAGUACCGCCACCAAUAGGCGGCGCACCUCCAGGUCAUAAACGUUAAGAAUGGAAUCAGUGCGCAAAGCUAAGCAAAGACUACGCAAUUAUCCCGUGCUACUGGGCAAAUGCGCUGAUAAGGCAGCUGUUUACGCGGCAUGUGUGACACGAGAUUUAAAUGUGCAGCAUCAUAUUUGCGAUAAGGAAUUCAAACAGUUCAAUGAAUGUUUACAGAAAGCAGCAAAAGAAAUGAAAACUAAAUUGUAAA